AAGAGGAAGCAGUAAUGGGCCACUUGAACUGUGAAUUGGAGUUUCCUAAACCUUGCUUUAGAUUGGAGCAUCAAUUUCAGGCAUCUCAGGCCUUGAGAAGUGUUUUAAAGAGUGAGUCCCGGGCAAAAUUUCCCAGCCAGUCUCUGGCAGAGAGAAUGUGUGUUCCCUUCCCAGUUUGGGGCUGUUGUCACUGAGCAAACCAAGCAGCAGCUGAGGCUACAGGUCAUAUUAGGGCAAAUGAGGUGCUUGUGCCUGCAAAACAAAUCCCUGCCCGGGACGAAAGAAAAAAACCGCUUCACAGGCUAUUCUUGGGUUGACAGCUGGUAUUUCGGAGUGUGUCAGACCCAGUAUGUAACUCAAAAAUGGCAGGGCCCUUGGCAGUGAGGGGUCACGGCAGGGCAGCCGCGGCCAGCACCAGCAAGUGCCAGGUACUCGGCCCUACAAACCUUAGUUCCCUGCAGCCGCCUCCCGCUCCCGGCCCAGUCGCUGUGCUCUCGGCUUCCCCGCCAGCGCUGGCCCGCGUCCCCGCGCCGGCGGUCGGGCUGCAGCAGCGCCCAGGCAUCUCCCAGCGGCGGGGUUACUGGAAGGCACCGCGCCGCUGCUCUGCAGGCCUUCCCCUCUCUCCACUGCUCUCUGGAGAGCGGACACCCGGCUAAUCUUUCACGCGUCCACGAGUCCCCGUUUACCUGGGACUCGAGAGAAAGAGCAAGGUGGUUAAACUGUAAGAAGACUCCCGGGUCAGCGCUGAAAUAAACCGGAGGAGGGGUAGGGAAGACGAGGACAGACUACGGGUGUUUAAGACGAUGUAAUGCGACCUAGCGGAGUUUUCAGGUGGGAGAGCGGGACAGGGAAUCCGGGAGUCGCCGAUGCCCGGGGUCACGCCAGGUCGGCGCCUUGCGCGGAGCCACCGCUCCCCUAACGUGCCACUACCUCACGUGUUCAUGGCGUGGCCGAGAUUAAAGAUGCAAGAAAAAUUACAUGCGGAACGGACAGAAUGUUCUCAAAGAUUAGAGGGGGAAAAAAAAGUGAAAUGCAGAUUGUACUUUUUUUUUUUUUCCCUUUAGUGCAGAGACGAAUUUUAUUUCCGCCCCCUCCCCUACACAUUCCUGACCUCUCCCUCCCCCUUCCCUCUUUCUUUCCUUCCUUCCUCCGCUUCCAAGUUCUGGGAUUUUGCAGCCUUGCUUGGCUUUGGCCAAAAGCACAAAAAAGGCGUUUUCGGAAGCGGCUCGGCCGUGCACAAGGGCCAUUUGUUUGUUUUGGGUCUCGGGGCAGGAAAUCUUGCCGGCCUGAGUCACGGCGGCUCCUUCAAGGAAACGUCAGUGUUCUCCUGUCGCCCUCGCCCGCUGCGCGCCGGCCGCCGCUGCCCAUGGGGGAGAUGCAGGGCGCGCUGGCCAGGGCCCGGCUCGAGUCCCUGCUUCGGCCCCGCCACAAAAAGAGGGCCGAGGCGCAGAAACGCAGCGAGUCCUUCCUGCUGACCGGCCUGGCUUUCAUGAAACAGAGGAGGAUGGGCCUGAACGACUUUAUUCAGAAGAUUGCCAAUAACUCCUACGCAUGCAAACACCCUGAAGUUCAGUCCAUUUUGAAAAUCUCCCAACCUCAGGAGCCUGAGCUUAUGAAUGCCAACCCUUCUCCUCCACCAAGUCCCUCUCAGCAAAUCAACCUUGGCCCGUCAUCCAAUCCUCAUGCGAAACCAUCUGACUUUCACUUCUUGAAAGUGAUUGGCAAAGGCAGUUUUGGAAAGGUUCUUCUAGCAAGACACAAAGCAGAAGAAGCAUUCUAUGCAGUCAAAGUUUUACAGAAGAAAGCAAUUCUGAAAAAGAAGGAGGAGAAACAUAUUAUGUCGGAACGGAAUGUUCUACUGAAGAAUGUAAAACACCCUUUCCUGGUGGGCCUUCACUUCUCCUUCCAGACCGCUGACAAAUUGUACUUUGUCCUCGACUAUAUUAAUGGUGGAGAGUUGUUUUACCAUCUUCAGAGGGAACGUUGCUUCCUGGAACCACGGGCUCGUUUCUACGCUGCUGAAAUAGCCAGUGCCUUGGGUUACCUGCACUCUCUGAACAUCGUUUAUAGAGACUUAAAACCAGAGAAUAUUUUGCUGGAUUCACAGGGACACAUUGUCCUUACUGACUUUGGGCUCUGCAAGGAGAACAUCGAACACAAUGGCACAACAUCCACCUUCUGUGGCACGCCCGAGUAUCUUGCACCUGAGGUGCUCCAUAAGCAGCCUUACGACAGGACCGUGGACUGGUGGUGCCUGGGGGCCGUCUUAUAUGAGAUGCUGUAUGGCCUGCCUCCUUUUUAUAGCCGAAACACAGCUGAGAUGUACGACAACAUUCUGAACAAGCCCCUCCAGCUGAAGCCCAACAUUACCAAUUCUGCCAGACACCUUCUGGAGGGCCUCCUGCAGAAGGACAGGACCAAGAGGCUGGGCGCCCAGGACGACUUUAUGGAGAUUAAGAAUCACGUCUUCUUCUCCCUAAUUAACUGGGACGAUCUCAUUAAUAAGAAGAUUACUCCCCCUUUUAACCCAAAUGUGAGUGGACCUAGUGACCUGAGGCACUUUGAUCCCGAAUUUACCGAAGAGCCGGUCCCCAGCUCCAUCGGCAGGUCCCCUGACAGCAUCCUGCUCACAGCCAGCGUCAAGGAAGCGGCCGAGGCCUUUCUAGGCUUUUCCUACGCACCCCCUGUGGACUCUUUCCUCUGAACGGUCCCAGGGUUGGUCGUGAAGGAUUCGUGUGUGUGUGUGUGUGUGUGUGUGUGUGUGUGUGUGUUAAGUGUUCUAGUUAGCCUUCUGGCGGGGCCGCCAGCUGACAGGACGUCUUAAAAGAGAAUUUGCACAUCUCUGGAAGCUUGCACGUCUUGGCAAUCUCAUUGCACACCGUUCGCCGGAAGCUUUUCGAAGAGCACAUCCUCCUCUCAGUGAGCUCAUGAGGUUUUCGUUUUUAUUCUUCCUUCCAACAUGGUGCUAUCUCUGCAGUGAGCGUUCGCGUGCCGCCGUAGACAGAGGCAGUAGUCUUAUUAGGACGACGCAGCUCUAAGGAGGGUUUUCUGAGGGUCUGUCUGGGCCGUGAUGUCGAAUCUGAUGAAAUGUGCCUUUUCUGAUGAGAUCGUGUUAGCUCCAAAGCUUUUCCUGUUGCAGAGUGUUUCAGUUCUUUUUCUUUCUUUUUUUUUUUUUUUCCCUUCCCCUUGUGGAUUUACUGUGUGAACAGUGGUAUGAAUGUGGUAUGCUUGAUCACAGAUGGAUUUCGUUAUAAGCAUCAAUGUGACACUUGCAGGAUACUACAAUGUGGGACAUUGUUUGUUUCUUCCAUAUUUGGAAGAUAAAUUUAUGUGUAGACCGUUUUUUUCUUCUGUAAGAUACAGCUAAUAACUAAAAUUUAUUGAAAAUGGUCUUGCAAUGACUUGUAUCCAGAUGCUUAAAGAAAGCAUUGCUGCUACAAAUAUUUCUAUUUUUAGAAAGGGUUUUUAUGGACCAAUGCCCCAGUUGUCGGUCAAAGCCUGGUAUUUUCAUUGUUUAAAAUGUCACCUGUAAAAUGGGCAUUAUUUAUGUUCCUCUUUUUUUUUUUUUUUUUUUUUUGCAUUCCUGAUAACUGUAUGUAUUGUAUAAAGACAGUCUGUACAUUGGGUUAUAACACUAGUAUAUUUAAACUUACAGGCUUAUUUGUAAUGUAAACCACCAUUUUAAUGUACUGUAAUUAACAUGGUUAUAAUAUGUACAAUUCUUCCCCCCCCCCCACCACACAACUUUUUUUUGUGUGCGAUAAACCAACUUUGGUUUGCAAUAAAACCUUGAAAAAUAUUUACAUAAA